AUGAAGAUCACGAUAUUAUCAAUUUUAAUUUUGAUAAAUUUUUUCAAAUUUUGUAUAGGGGCAACACAAGUCAUUACUGGACCAACAUAUGAUUUUGGGUAUAAGUAUAAAUUAGAUACAUACAUUGUCCACGAAAAGGCUUUCUACAGUCUUCAAAUACCAUACACCUUUACUUAUUCCCUUGUUGCUACUGAUUUAACAAAUAAUGGUGGAUUUUAUAUAACAUUAGUUAAUUUUGGUGCCCACUUUGGACCCUCUACUUUCGCGGGUCUACCUACAGGUGGUUCAUUCAUCAACCAUGGUGUUGUAGUGUUUAAUUCUUUAGGUAGUGAGGAGGCUAUAGACUUUUGGAUUCAGGUUACGGAUUUUGAAAACACCGGGUCCUUAUUCAUUGCUGUAGAUGGUCUGAUUGGUAUGCCAAGUCAACUAAUACGUGCCACAAAUUGGGAGAAUACUGGAUUAAUAAAAUUUUUUCAAAGAGUCCGUGGUUUAGGGUAUGUCUCGUUCAAUCUCGGUCGUACUGCAUUGUUUACGAUGACUCAAAAAGGUACUAUAAUUCUUGAGAACCAAAAGUACAAACACGAAGCUGGAAUUGUCGGGGGCGGAUGCUUUAUUCUUCAAGGCGAGUCAACACUAGACAUCACGGCCGCAAUAGCUGAUUUCGAUCAAACAAUUGUUAUGGAUGGACCAUCUGCAUUGGUGACAGUUGAGAGAACUCUAUUGGGUAGAACAGGAAAUCAGAACUUAGCUUAUAAAGUUGUCGGGUUCGGCAAUGGAAAUACGAUUGCCCUCGGUACUACUCCUACUGGAAACUCUUUUACUUAUAACACGCAAACUGGUUAUUUGAAAAUAGGUAACGCAAUUGAUUUUUAUUAUUUUGAUAUUGGUAUGGGAUACACCACAAGUUUAUUUAAAAAGGCACUGACAGGUUUACUGAUAAAUAAUGCAGUUGUAUACACGGGCCCCGUUCCAGCGAACUCAAACAAACACAAUUGUAUUCUUGAUGACGAGCUUCCACAAGAUCCUGGUGCCACCCCACAUGUUGUAACAAGCAUUGUAUCCGAGUCCGAAAUAACUAAAACGUUGGAGAUAAUGUACACUACCAUUGCCGACGGAAAUUGGACACAGAUUACAAGAUCAUUACUCUCCACUAGUUACACCACUAUUUAUGACAAUCCCAGCGGGGGCGUUCAAACUGGAAUGGUAUUUAUCGACGAUGUAAAUAACAUCAAUACUACGAGUGCAUUUCAGUUCACUGAAUAUACUACUGCCUAUGUUGAUGGAACUGGUCUAAUGAAAACAGGUGUUGUUUUGGUCACAAUUGAUGACAGUGGAAGUUGGUACACUACUACACUGGACUUUGAAGCAACUUUGUAUACAACUACGUUCAGUAUUGGCAAGGAUGAAACUAGCACGGCGGUGGUUUUGGUCACUGUGGAUAAUGAGGAAAAUUGGUAUACUGCCACACUGUACUUUGAAGCAACUUUGUAUACCACCAAAUACACUGAUGAGGACGAGGAGGUUAAGACUGGUGUUGUUUUGGUCACAAUGAAUGACAGUGGAAGUUGGUAUACUACUACACUGGACUUUGAAUCAACUUUCUAUACAAUUACCUACAUUGACAGCAAUGGUGAAACUAGGACGGCUGCAGUUUUGGUUACUGUGGAUGCGAAUGAAAGCUGGUACACUACUACACUGGACUUUGAACCCACUUUGUAUACAACGGUAUACAUUGAUGACAAGGUGGUUAAGACUGGUAUUGUUUUGGUCACUCAUAUGAUUACAGAUAGCUCUGAAGUCUGGUAUACUACUACGCUGGAUUUUACACUGACGUUGUAUACAACUACAUACGUUGAACUUAAUGGUGAACUGAAAACUGCUGUAGUAAAGGUUGUCACAGAUAAUGAAAGUCGUUGGUGGACUAUUACGAGUGAAUUUCAAUCUACAACAUAUACUACUACAUAUGUGACUGGAGGUGAACUAAAGACUGGUUUAGCUGAAGUGUUUGUAACAGAGGGGGGAUGGGUAACCACUACUAGUGCAUUCGAAUCUUCCACAUAUACUAGUACAUAUCUGACUGGAGGUGAAUUGAAGACUGGUUUAGCAGAAGUGUUUGUAGAAGAUGGAGAAUGGGUAACCACUACUAGUGCAUUUGAAUCUACAACAUAUACUACAACAUAUUCGACAGAUGAACAGAAGAAGACUGGUCUAGCAGAAGUGUUUGUAGCAGAUGGAGAAUGGGUAACCACUACUAGUGCAUUUGAAUCUACAACAUAUACUACAACAUAUUCGACAGAUGAACAGAAGAAGACUGGUUUAGCAGAAGUGUUUGUAUCAGAUGGAGAAUGGGUAACUACUAUUAGUGUAUUUGAAUCUACAACAUAUACUACUACAUAUCUGACUGGAGGUGAAUUGAAGACUGGUUUAGCAGAAGUGUUUGUGACAGAUGGAGUAUGGGUAACCACUAUUAGUGCAUUUGAAUCUUCCACAUAUACUACAACAUAUAUCAAUUCCCAAGAUCAAGAGAAGACUGGUUUAGCAGAAGUGUUUGUGACAGAUGACGGAGUAUGGGUAACCACUAUUAGUGCAUUUGAAUCUUCCACAUAUACUACAACAUAUAUCAAUUCCCAAGAUCAAGAGAAGACUGGUUUAGCAGAAGUGUUUGUGACAGAUGGAGAAUGGGUAACCACUAUUAGUGCAUUUGAAUCUUCCACAUAUACCGCUACAUAUUUGACUGAAGGUGCAGAGAAGACUGGUUUAGCAGAAGUGAUUGCAACAAAUGGGGGAUGGGUAACCACUAUUAGUGCAUUUGAAUCUUCCACAUAUACUACAACAUAUAUCAAUUCCCAAGAUCAAGAGAAGACUGGUUUAGCAGAAGUGUUUACUGAGACAAUGGAAGAGGAUGAUACUACAAUUAUUGAUUUAUCAACCAUGGAAUCUGACGUGACUGAAUUGGAGGUGGAUGAAUCGACUGGUGAAGAAACUGAAGCAAUGGGAGACAAUGAUAGUACAACUAUUGAUUUGGAAACCAUGGAAUCUGACCUGACUGAAUUGGAGGAUGUUGAAUCGGCUGGUGAAAUUGAUACAAUGGAAAAGGGUGAUACUACAACUAUUGACUUGGAAACCAUUGAAUCUGAAGGUACUGAAUUUGAUGUUGGUGAAGAGACUGAGACAAUGGAAGAGGGUGAUACUACAACUAUUGACUUGGAAACCAUGGAAUCUGAAGGUACUGAAUUUGAGGUUGGUGAAGACACUGAGACAAUGGAAGAGGAUGAUACUACAACUAUUGAUUUGCAAACCAUGAAGUCUGAGAUCAGUGAAUUGAAGGAUAACGAUACAUCUGUUGGAAAUGAAGAAAUUACAGCAACGGGUGAGAAUGAAACCUCUUACAGUACUAUCCUGGACUUCGAAGCCAUCUCGUAUAACACUACAUGUAUUGAUGACGAUGGGUGGCCCAAUAAGGGCACUAUUGUUGUUGCUAUUGUUGAUAAUGAGGGCUGGGUUACUAGAACACUGAAGAAGGAUGAAAACCUGUUCACCUUUAGCUAUAUCGAUGAUGAUGGCGACCUAAAGAUAGGAAUUGUUAUUGUUAGUACUGAUAUAAAUGAGAGUUGGCGCACUGUCACGCUGGGCUUCCAAGAAUCAGAGUACACUACUACCUACGUGGAUGAAGAUGGAAAAACUAACAUUGGUGUGGUUAUCCCUUCUACAGACGACAAGGGCAAGAGGUAUACUACAACUCGGGGCUUCAAAGAUCUUUUGCCCACUUCUGAAACCAAACCCAAAUCUGUUGUUUACCGUACUGGCACCAUCAGAACAAAUUCAGGAGAUGAAAUAGUCUUAAAAACUAUUGUUGAAAUUGUUGAAUGUUCAGGUACAAGCUGUAGUACAGAACUUAUUGAUCAUCAUAUUCCCCAAGAUUAUACGAAGGAAACCCAAGCUGUUACCAAGACAGUUGUUGUUACCGAAACCAGCUGUCAAGAUGAUGAAUGUGUC